CUAGCUGUGAUACGACCGGCAUUUGUGAAUUUCUCCAAGCAGAUCGCAGUAGCCUUCCAAACCAGCCAAGAUGUUCAAGUUCCUGCUCGUAGCCGCCCUGGUGCCAGCGAUGGCUCUGGCCGCCGUAAACUUCUCUGCAUGCCCCAACGGCGCCCCCACGCCCGCGACGCUGACCGUGAACGAUUGCGCCGGAAGUGUGUGCACCCUGACCGCUGGUGCCCCGCUGACGGCCACGGCCUCCGGCAUCGUGAGCCCGGUCGGAUCGGCCACGGCCACCGCAAACAUUGUGGCCCGCCUGGCUGGUCUGGAUACCGGAUUCCAGAUUCCGGACCCGCUGCGUGACGCUUGCCAGGUUGGACUCGUCGGGGGCUGCCCGAUCGUGGCCGGAAACGCGUUCACCUACACCCUCAACGAUCUGUCGCUGGACGCUCCGGCCCGCGGAGUUCAGGUCGAGAUUGAGGUUAGCCUCGCCGGGGACGGUGGUUCCGCGCUGGCCUGUCUGCGCUUCAACGCUAUCAUCCAGUAAGGAGCGGUUUGACUGAUUUGUGAUAAAAAUAAAGUGAUUUUUGAGAUUUUGUAAA